ACGCAAAUUUCUUAAAUCUCGUCGUCAAGAAAAUAAUAAAAUUUGUUAUUCAAGGAAAAUAUUAUUUUUUUUUCAUCCAAUUCUGUGUGUUUUUUCUCGGUGUGAUUUUUUUAUAAGAUAAAUUUUUGUAAAUCAAGAAUUUUAAUUUUGUGAAAGCACUGAAGUUGUUGGGAAUGUGGAUGAGACUAAAGCAUUAAAUAGGAUUUAUUAAAAAUAUUUUAAAGUCAAAUUUGAUUUAAAAAAACAUUAAACACUUGAAAAAUAAAGUGAAAUUUAAAAAGCUAGUUCAAGUUUGUGAAGAAAUGCUGAAUACUGAAGACUUAAACUUAGUGAUAUUAUGGAAAUUUCUGAAGAACAUGUUAAAAAAUUGAAAUUAUCAUAAAAUGACUUAAAAGAGUUUUAAGAAUCAGUUUCAAACUGAUUAGAUUCAAGUGAAUCUUAAUCAAACUUACAAAUUAAAAGAACUUAAUGGAAAGUAGUCAAUAAUUGAUAAAACAGACUAAAUAGCAAUAAUAAGAACAUUUCAAUAUUUCUUGAAAAACUUUCAAUAAUUUGAAAUCGCUUGAAAAUGGUUUAUCAGACAAUAUUGAUGAAUUAUUGUCAAAGACUUUGCUUUAUGCUACAAAAGUAAUUGAACAACUGACAAUCAUAUUAAGAAAUAAAAAUAAUCAGUGUGGAUGUUACAGUGUGGAACUGAAUCGUACCAUCAAGUUUAUGAAAAAAAAAUAGUAAACACAACGCAGCGCAACAUUUGAAUGAUUUGUACUAAAAUGAAGAAAAUUCUGAAAAACUCUGGAAAGCUUAUUCAAAAUAAUAAAUAGACAUCUAAAGACAUUCAACAUUGAAGUUAAAAAAAAUUAAAAUUGUUGAAGCUGUGAAAAGUCAAUCAAAGUCAAUGUCAAAAGUUUACAGUGUUUUGGAAAUUUCUGCUGACUGAAAGUUUGUGAACUAAAAAUAUUCAAAAAUCCUCCGUAAAACUUAACAUUUUAUUUCGAGCUAAAAGGAACUUAGUCUGGUUAACAUUUGACUUUUUUAAUAUCAAUUUUAUUGUAAUUGUAUUUUGAAAUAUUGCUGUCUAAUAAAGAACUUAACCACAAAGAAAUUGAGUUGAAAAUUACAAAAAAAAACUCUCAAUAAUUUUAUAAAAGAUUGUCAAACAUUCAAUCCCCCUCAUCCUCAAAAAUAAAUCAACAGUCCCGUUCCAAAAUUCCCUCAUAAUCCAUGAAACCAUUCAAGAAAGUCACAAAGCUCAUCAAAAGACUCGAAAUCAUUUUCAAAUCAAUACGAAACACAUCAAUAAUAAAAUACAAAAUCUGUGAAAAAUGAAAAUAAAUAAAAAUAUUCACAGCUUAAUUGAGUGUAAAUAGAAAAGUGCAGAAACAGAUAAAAAAUAAAAAUUGUAAAAGAAAAAUCUCAAUGGAAAAUGUGAAAAUGCCAUAAAAGGUCUCUAAGGCAAAGUGAGAGAAAAAUAUGUGAAAAAAAUGUGAAUUUAUAAAAGAAAAAAAAAGAAUUUCUUUUUGUGUGUGUCAAAAAAAGAAUUGCAAUAUCCAACCAGAUGCCAUUUAUGGAAAAUCAAUAUAAUUCUUUGUUACUUCAGCUCGUCAUCAUCUUAAAGCUUUAACAACUCACGGCUGAAUUGCUAACAAUGAACAACAAAUGUUCGCUCAAUGUGAAUUUCCAUUGCCAUUCCUUGUCGUUGCUUUAUGAUCGAAGAAAAAUGUGCUCACAUUCUGCACUGUUAUUCUUUUCCUUAUUAUUGUUGUGAUAUUCGGAUGAGAGAUAAAACAGCAACAGCAAGCACGAAACGAAGAAGAUGAUGAUAAAGGAAAAAAUUAUUAUUUUUCAAUGUCUAUUCAUGACUUAGAAAUAGUCAAUGUAGAAUAGUAUAAAAGACUGUCAUUUGUUUGAUGUGAUGAAUAAAUAAUAAAUUUACGAGCUGAAUACUAGUGAACUAGUGACAACAUAUACAAAAAAUAAAAAUAAAAGGAACUGCAUCUCUCAACAGAUAGCCUAAAUAGUUAGGGCAGUAAAGAGAGAGUCAAUAUUAAUAUACUUCAUACAAAACAUCAUAAAAAAAAUAAUAUAAAUAUAUAUAUAAAAAAAAUGUACAGAAAUAUAGUUUACUUAAUGAUUGCGAGCGUGAUAAUCAUUCAUUUGCUUUUAAGUCGUCAAGUGCACGGCUUGUAUGAGACCAUUUGGAAUGCAUACUAUGAACGUCCAUGCUGUGAAAAAGAGUUUAUGAAUUAUCAUAAAGAUCAUGUACGAGAAUUUACAUGUGGUAAACAUUACUACCGUAACUUUUUGCUCCAAGAGCAUAAUGAGGCGCUUUAUGUUGGUGCCAUGGAUCGUAUUUUAAAACUUCAUCUAGAUGAUAUAAGUAGAACAAGUUGUGAGCGAGAUCACAUUCUUUUAGAGCCAACGUCUAGUGAUGUUCGUAAUUGCAUUUCCAAAGGAAAAAGUCAGCACUUUGAUUGUCGCAAUCACAUCCGCGUGUUGCAGCCUAUGGAAGGAAAUCGACUGUAUAUAUGUGGAACAUAUGCACACAAUCCAAAGGAUUACAUUAUUUUUACAAAUUUAACACAUUUACCAAGAUCAGAGCUUCUACCUGGAAUCGGAAAUGGCAUUGGCAAGUGCCCGUACGAUCCACUUGACAAUUCAACAGCUAUUUAUGUUGAGAAGGGCAAUCCUGGCGAUUUUUCAGCGCUGUAUUCUGGAACAAAUGCUGAAUUCACAAAAGCCGAUUCCGUUAUAUUUCGUGCUGACAUUUAUAACAUGACAACUGGCCGAAAGGAAUAUAAUUUCAAACGAACACUGAAAUAUGAUUCAAAAUGGCUUGAUAAGCCCAAUUUCGUUGGAUCCUUUGACAUUGGCGACUAUGUAUACUUCUUCUUUCGUGAGACAGCUGUCGAGUAUAUAAAUUGUGGUAAAGCUGUGUAUUCACGUGUUGCUCGAAUUUGUAAGAAAGAUAUGGGCGGAAAGAAUAUUUUGAGUCAAAACUUUGCGACCUACUUAAAGGCUCGACUUAAUUGUAGCAUAUCUGGUGAAUUUCCAUUUUAUUUCAACGAGAUUCAAUCAGUUUAUCAAAUUCCGACUGAUAAGACGAAAUUUUAUGCGACAUUUACAACGAGUACGAACGGAUUAGUUGGAUCAGCUGUGUGCAGUUUUGAUAUCAAUGAAAUUCAUUCGACUUUUAAAGGAAAGUUUAAAGAACAAGCAAGUUCAAAUUCUGCAUGGUUACCAGUACUUAAUUCAAAGGUACCUGAGCCACGUCCUGGAAUGUGCGUUGACGAAACACAAAACUUACCUGAUGUCGUCCUCAACUUCAUCCGAUCGCACCCAUUAAUGGAUAAACCAGUUAAUCAUGAACAUAAUAAUCCUGUAUUUUAUAAGCGCGAUUUAGUAUUCACAAAAUUAGCUGUUGACAAAAUCCGCAGUCCAACAACGAAUCACGAAUACAAAGUUUAUUAUAUUGGCACAAACAAUGGUCGCAUCUAUAAAAUCGUUCAAUUUGUUCGCGAUGGCGAAUCAAAGUCAAAGUUAUUGGAUAUAUUUGAAAUAGCAAAGAAUGAAGCCAUACAAGUGAUUGAUAUAAGUCAAAAACAUAAAUCGCUUUAUGUAUCGACAGAUCAUCGUAUUAAACAAAUUGAUUUAGAAAUGUGUAGCCAUCGGUAUGACAGUUGUUUUAGAUGUGUGAAAGAUCCGUAUUGUGGUUGGGAUCAUGAUGCGAAUUCAUGUAAACCAUAUGAGCCAGGAUUAUUACAGGAUGUUGCCAAUGAGACAAACGAUAUUUGUGAUUCAAGUGUGUCAAAGAACAAAAUCGUUGUAACAUAUGGACAGAGCAUACAUUUGGGAUGUUUUGAGACUGUACCAGAGAUUUUGAGAGAUCAACAAGUGGUUUGGUAUCAUCAUUCGAAGGAUAAUGGACGUUAUGAAAUUAGAUAUAAUGCUCACAAACACAUUGAAACAACGGAACGGGGAUUAGUUAUUGUUGCAUCGCAUGAGAGCGAUAGUGGACGGUAUGAUUGUCACUUAGGUGGAUCACUAUUGUGUAGUUAUAUCAUAACAGUUGAUGCUCAUAGAUGUACAGCGCCAAGUAAAAGCAAUGACUAUCAAAAGAUAUACGCUGACUGGUGUCACGAAUUUGAGAAAUAUAAAUCUGCAAUGAAAUUGUGGGAGAAGCGACAAUCGCAAUGCUCAACCCCACAGAAUUCCAGUAGCAAUAAUGAAAUCCCAAAGAACUGAAAAAUAGGAAGAAAGAAAAAAGAGUAAAAUAAAAUUAUAAAGAGGAAGAAAGGACGAUGAAUGGAUGAGAUGCGAAAGCGUUAAUGCAAUAAAAUAUAAUGUGAUGAUUUGGAAAUAAGCAAAAGUUCAAAAUAAUUGACACAUCUUUCCUUCUUCGCUUCCUAUCCGAUACAAUUUUUUCUCUCACUGUGUCUUAUUUUAACCAUCCACAUCUCCGUCUCAAAACUACUCACAUAUUCAUGCAUAUUUUUCACAUCAUAUCUCUCAACUCAUCUUUUUGGAUGUGCCGGAAAUGUCCAAGCAAAACAUAGAAAAUGAAGGCAAACGAGGACAGCAGGAGAGGAAAAUAUUUUUCGAGACGGGAAGGAAGAAAAUUCAAAAAAUAGAAACCAAAUAUCAUCGAGAAAAAAUUUCAUCGAGACGAAAGAAAAAUUAAUAAGGACUAAAAAAGCAUUUUUUUAAAAAAUAAGAAAGAAAAAAACAUGAAAAAAAGUUUUAAGCAUGAAUGUUAUAAUUAAGAAUUAGAGAAUGAUUAUCAUGUAAUAGUAAUUUUAAUACAAAAUGAUAACAAUAAGUCUGAAAAUGAAUUUAAUAAGAAUUUUUUGUUCGUCUGCUUGUUGCGUCAUUUGUAAUAUAAUAAAUGACAUUGAAGUUCGUGCGUAGUACGAACGUACAAAAGGUUUACAGGCAUUGUCGUUGGAAUUCUCAUCAAAUUCAUUUUCCUUCUUAUUUUUUAAAAAAAGAGAAUUUUAUUGAAUGAAACGAGGAAUGGAAACUGUUAUUUUGGAAAAUGUGAAGCAGCACUUCAAUAAGCUUUGGGCCUGGUUGGAAAGGACAUUUAAUAGUAUAUACAAUAAUAUAAUUUUAUUGCAUAAACUUAAUAUUGAGAUAAAGUAGCUCGGUGGAGGAAUGGUUUAGUACUUUGGGAACUUAACAUUGCAAUACCGACACAGCGAUCAUGGGUUCGAGACUCGGAAUGGAAUAUUUUUCGUUUGUCCUUUUUCGAAUCUUAUGAACUGGAAAAAUAAGUGGAAAUUUACAAGUCCGCAGUGUUCAGUUCUCCUUAAAAGCGAACGUAAAAAUGAACAGCCCUUAAACAGCAAUGAACCAUAUUUAUAGGUUUAACAAAAUUACAGACGAUUGAAGAAUUCUUGUUCAUGCAACUACGCUUGUCAUGAACAGCAACAUACACAAAUUGAAAAACGUUCAACAACUUGCUUAAGACAGUGAUGGCAAACCCAUGUGCCACGUCACACUAUUGUGCCGCAAAAAAAUUGCAAACAUCCUAUGAAUCAUAUGCUGUGUGUGGUUUCUGUCAUGGCUUACCCUCAAGUUACAAAACAGAAUGCCCACCACUGGCUUAAAGUGCUCAUCACAUUUCGAGGAUCACCUAAAAUCCGAAAAAAAGUUUCCAUCCCUCAACUCACCAAAAAAAUAAAAAUCAUGAACAAAAAAGGUAAAAAAUGAAAAUAAUUUUUGAGGCUCUUUUUUUAAAAAAAGAAAUGCAGAAAUGCUAACAAUAAGCAAGAGGCAUGAAAAUGUAAUAAAAAAAAACAGAGAAUUGCUUCUUUAAGCUCGCGCGUGCACAUGGUAAAAUAUCAUGAUAAACAUUUUUUAUGGCAACAAAGAAGAGUGUGAAAAAAAAACCUCAAAAAUGAACAAAAAAAGAAAUAAGAUUUUUUCCCAAACACGCCCCAAACAAACACAAUAGCAAUAUCAAACAUCUUUUUUAUGAUUAUUAUAAUUUUUUUGACGUUUAGAUGCAUCAUGAAAUGAGAAGAAUUUCUUUAAAUGUUUUACAAUUUAUGAAGAUGAGUAGCAGUUAAGUGUCAUUUUAGACGAUUAAGAGAUCAUAACAAAAAAAGAAGAAAAAAAAAUUCAUGAAAAUUCUUUUUUUCAAAUUUUAAGGCUGGUGCUAAUUUUUAAGGAUAAAAAAUAAACACCGUAAAAAACUAUCAUGAUGAUG